ACAAUUACUUCUGUCACUUUGAUCUCUUGAUCUCUCUGCAGCUCUCAUCACUGUUGCAACAACAAACCUUUCUCUUAUUGCCACUCUCUCAACCCCGGUAUCCAAGAGGCAAAGUAGCAGUGACCUAGCGUUUCUUUUACUCCCUUCGACCAGUCUCCCCCAGCGGUUGCCCCCCAUGCCAUCCGCAACGCCCGUGAAGCGUGUGCUCACGGAGAGCACGAAUGCACGUAACAGCAUUCAAUCUCCUCGUUCUGCGAAGAAAUUGAAACUCGAUAAUACCACACAUCAAAAUGGACGCCCUCUAAUCAAGAGCGUCAAUGGCUCGUUCAAUUCAAGUCAGCCAAAGAGCAAGUUUGAGGAGGAGGUUUUGGAGAAGUUGACACAAAGCAUGGAAACCCUGAAAGAGAACAGCACCGAAAAGGAUCAGCAAUGGGGAAGACCCCAUCUCGAUGAGGUGGAUGAGCUUGCACAAAACAUCUGUUUCCAGCAGAUCGAUGCCGAGGAAGGUGUGCUAAACGGUGGCAAGGCUACAGUCAAACUCUUUGGCAUCACAGAGGCUGGUCAUUCUGUCCUCCUUCACGUUACCCACUUUCUACACUAUUUUUACGUUCAAGCCCCCCUCAACUUCCAGAAAUCGGAUUGCGAUGCCUUCAAAAUAUUUCUCGAGCACGAGGCCCAGAAAACCGGCAACGUCCAUUCCGCUAUCAUACAUUCGGUACAAAUGACAAUGAAAGAGAACAUGUUUGGCUUCCAAGGAAACCAGCAGAGCCCAUACCUCAAGAUUUCAGUCACCGACCCCAGAUACAUUGCUCGUGUGCGAAGAUUAGUACAAGACGGUGGUGCGAACUGGAAAUCUAUGUGGAAAUCGCCAGACGGAAAACUACUGACAUUCGAUAACAUUCAGUACGUGCUACGGUUCAUGAUUGAUACGCACAUAUCGGGCAUGUCAUGGGUCGAAGCUCCGGCUGGAAAAUACAAAUUGAUAAAUCCCCGCGAACGCCAUUCCAACUGCCAGAUCGAAGCUCAAAUACAUUAUGCCGACCUGAUUGCCCAUUCCGCAGAGGGAGAGUGGGCUAAGAUGGCACCUCUCCGCGUGCUUUCGUUCGAUAUCGAAUGCGCUGGCCGUAAAGGUAUCUUUCCAGAGGCGGACGUCGACCCAGUCAUUCAAAUUGCCAGCAUUGUUACGAGAUACGGAGAAGACAAGCCAUUCGUUCGAAAUGUUUUCUGUAUGGAUACAUGCAGCCAGAUUGUGGCAACGCAAAUCUUUUCGUUCGACCGGGAGGACCAAAUGCUUCUCAAAUGGCGCGACUUUGUUGAAGAAGUUGAUCCAGAUGUCAUCAUUGGCUACAAUAUUUCGAAUUUCGACUUCCCCUACCUAUUGGAUCGUGCGAAACACCUGAAGGCAGGGAAAUUUCCGUUCCUAUCACGACUCAGAAAUGUGCAGUCCCGCGCUGAGUCCACCAACUUCAGCAGUAAACAAAUGGGCAAUCGAGAUACUAAAUCGACAAACACCAACGGACGUAUACAGCUCGAUCUACUUCAAGUCGUCCAGCGCGAUUACCAAUUGAGGAGUUAUACUCUCAACGCUGUCUGCGCUCAUUUCUUAAAAGAGCAAAAGGAAGACGUCCACCACAGCAUGAUCACCGAGCUGUAUAACGGUGAUGCCAAUUCCCGACGAAGACUGGCGGUCUAUUGCUUGAAAGACGCAUAUCUUCCACAGCGUCUUCUGGACAAAUUGAUGAGUUUGGUCAACCUUACCGAGAUGGCAAGAGUCACGGGGGUUCCCUUCAAUCUGCUACUUUCUCGUGGCCAACAAGUCAAGUUUCUGAGCCAGCUCUUCCGUAAAUGCUUGGAACAAUCUCUUGUCGUCCCAGAUCUCAGCAACCCGGCUGGUGCAGGAGACGGUGAUCAAUAUGAGGGCGCCACUGUCAUUGAGCCCAAACGAGGGUACUACGACUGCCCUGUAGCAACCCUUGAUUUUGCUUCUCUAUAUCCCAGUAUCAUGCAAGCGCACAACCUUUGCUACACCACGCUCCUCAAUAAGCAGAUGAUUGACAGCCACAAGAUGAUCAAGGAUGAAGAUUACAUCGUUACACCCCAUGGCGAUGCCUUUUGCACGACCAAAGUUCGAAAGGGCCUCCUUUCUCAAAUUCUGGAGGAGCUUUUGGGCGCUCGAAAGAGGGCAAAGAAAGAAAUGGCUGUCGAGACCAAUCCAUUCCGCAAAGCUAUCCUGAAUGGUCGUCAGUUGGCUUUGAAGAUUAGUGCAAAUUCAGUAUAUGGUCUCACGGGUGCUACGGUGGGAAAACUGCCAUGCCUUGCCAUUGCCAGUAGCACUACUAGUUACGGGCGUCAAAUGAUCGAGAAGACCAAGCAUGAAGUUGAAGCGAAGUACACGAUUGCAAAUGGAUACGAGCAUGACGCAGAGGUAAUCUAUGGUGAUACGGAUUCUGUGAUGGUCAAAUUCGGCACCACAGAGCUAGCAAAAGCUAUGGAGCUUGGCCAAGAAGCAGCCGAUUACGUCUCUUCGAAGUUCAUCAAACCUAUCAAGCUUGAAUUCGAGAAGGUCUACUUCCCCUAUCUACUCAUCAACAAGAAACGUUACGCUGGACUAUACUACACCAACCCCAACAAGUGGGACAAGAUGGACACCAAGGGCAUCGAGACCGUUCGCCGUGACAAUUGUCGCCUUGUGCAAUCUGUCAUUGAAACAUGCCUUCGCAUGCUACUUAUCGAGAGAGACAGGGAGGGGGCUCAAGAGUUCGUCAAAGAGACAAUAUCGGAUCUGCUUCAAAAUAAGAUUGAUAUGUCCAACCUUGUGAUCACCAAAGCCCUUACAAAGCAGGAAGACAAGGAGGGCAACGGUGGAUACACUGCCAAACAGGCUCAUGUAGAGCUCGCUGAGCGUAUGAAGAAACGCGAUGCAGGCUCUGCUCCUGCCCUCGGAGACCGUGUGGCAUACGUUAUGGUGAAGGGUGCCACUGGCGCCAAAAAUUACGAGAAGUCCGAAGAUCCCAUAUAUGUAUUGGAGAACAACAUCCCAAUCGACACCCGGUAUUACCUUGACAAUCAAUUGGCAAAACCGCUAGGACGCAUCUUCGAACCCAUCUUGGGUGAAAAGAAAGCAAAUCAGCUGCUCACUGGCGAACACACACGUUCUAUCUCAGUAGCUGCACCAACAAUGGGUGGUCUGAUGAAAUUCGCAAAGAAAACGCAGACAUGCAUGGGUUGCAAGAAACCCCUGGUCAAUGCGACCGAGAAGGACGGCGCUGUUUGUGAGAACUGCAGACCACGUAUUGGGGAGCUUUACCAAAAGACGUUGACGAAAGUCAGUGAGCUGGAAGUGCGGUUCGCCAGAUUGUGGACACAGUGUCAAAGGUGUCAAGGCAGCAUCCACUGUGAGGUAAUUUGCUCGAGUAGAGAUUGUCCAAUCUUCUACAUGCGAAUGAAAGCAAGGAAGGAUGUUGAGGAUGCCGGGAAGGAGCUGGUGAGGUUUGACAAGGACGCAGCGCUUUGGUAAACGUGAUACCACUGGACUGGUAUAGGCGCAAAUUGAUGGCGUUGAGAUAUGUUUUUCUCCCCGCUGAGCAUACCCAUAAGAAAGAACAAUACACGUGAAAUAAUUUAUGAAUAUGGAAGUCUGUAUGCCACUCUCAAUUGGAACAGGUCAAGACGUUGGCAUUGUUGAAUGAAUACAUACAUACAUAGGCAGAGAGCGGGACCGCCUACCAUCGGCCUUAGU